GAGGUCCUUCGGCUGCGCCCGGCCGCCGCGGAGCCAGGCAGCGGCUGAGCGGGGAAGUGCCCGCGUCCGAGGAUCGGGAUGUCCCUCCUCCUCCUCCUCUUUCUAGUGUCCUACUACAUUGGAACCUUGGGGACCCACACAGAGAUCAAGAGAGUAGCAGAGGAAAAGGUCACUUUGCCCUGUCACCAUCAACUGGGACUUCCAGAAAAAGACACACUGGAUAUUGAAUGGCUGCUCACUGAUAAUGAAGGGAACCAAAAAGUGGUGAUCACUUACUCCAGUCAUCACGUCUACAAUAACUUGACUGAGGAACAGAAGGGCCGAGUGGCCUUUGCUUCCAAUUUCCUGGCAGGAGAUGCCUCCCUGCAGAUUGAACCUCUGAAGCCCAGUGAUGAGGGCCGGUACACCUGCAAGGUGAAGAAUUCAGGGCGCUAUGUGUGGAGCUAUGUCAUCUUAAAAGUCUUAGUGAGACCAUCCAAGCCCAAGUGUGAGUUGGAAGGAGAGCUGACAGAAGGAAGUGACCUGACUUUGCAGUGUGAGUCAUCCUCUGGCACAAAGCCCAUUGUGUACUACUGGCAGCGAAUCCGAGAGAAGGAAGGAGAGGAUGAACAUCUGCCUCCCAAAUCUAGGAUUGACUACAACAACCCUGGACGAGUUCUGCUGCAGAAUCUCACCAUGUCAUCCUCGGGACUCUACCAGUGCACAGCAGGCAAUGAAGCUGGGAAAGAACGUUGUGUGGUGCGAGUAACUGUACAGUAUGUACCAAGCAUCGGCAUGGUUGCAGGAGCAGUGACAGGCAUAGUGGCUGGAGCCCUGCUGAUAUUCCUCUUGGUGUGGCUGCUAAUCCGAAGGAAAGACAAAGAGAGAUAUGAGGAAGAAGAGAGACCUAAUGAAAUUCGAGAAGAUGCUGAAGCUCCGAAAGCCCGCCUUGUGAAACCUAGCUCCUCUUCCUCAGGCUCUCGGAGCUCACGCUCUGGUUCUUCCUCCACUCGCUCCACAGCAAAUAGUGCCUCACGCAGCCAGCGGACACUGUCGACUGAAGCAGCAACCCAGCCAGGGCUGGCCACACAGGCAUACAGCCUAGUAGGGCCUUAGUUGAGAGGUUCUGAACCAAAGAAAGCCCACCAUACCACCCUGACCAAAGCAAAGCCACAUCCAGCAUGAUCCCCAGCCAGAACAGAGCCUUCCAAACUGUGCGAAUUAGAAUGGACUCAACUCCUAUGCUUUUCUAGAAGACAGGGUCUUAGGACUCUUCUAGUCAUUGGAGCUCAGUCACCAGCCACACAACCCUCUGGAACAAGAUAAGAGGUCAUUUAAGUAGCAGUGAGCAUUGUACAGAACAGAUCCAGAUAAACUCUUUCCUUGUAUGAUACUAAACAAGCAAAAAGAUAUCAAAAUCAUCUCCAAAAAGGCAUCUCACUGUGCCUUUAGACCAAAGUAGGGGAAAGCAGGGGUCCAAAUCUGUCUAUUCAUUGACCAGGACCUGUGGUGAGAAGAUUGGUAGAAGGUGAGGUGAACACACCUAAAACUUCUCACCUGGGAUAUUUUCUAUCAAUGCUUCAAUUCACCAUUGUCGAGAAGAAAUUAGAUGUUGUUUGUAAAUUUUCUAUGCAUUUCUGCAAACCUAUUGGAUUAUUGUGAUUAUUCAGAUAGUCAAGCAGAACCCACAGCCUUAUAUUACACCGAUUUGCACCAUGUACUGAGCUAACCACUUCUAAAAAAAACUCCAA